GAAAAGAAAAAAAAAGAAGCAUAAAUCCCACCAAAAAGUUGGGUCUCGAAGUCUCUCUCUCUCUCUCUCUCUCUAGUGAACCGAGUUUGGAGGAUCUGUGAAGAAAAGCAAGAAAUGGCUUCGAAGCGGAUCUUGAAAGAGCUCAAGGAUCUCCACAAGGAUCCUCCUUCCUCCUGCAGUGCUGGCCCAGUUGCGGAAGACAUGUUUCAUUGGCAAGCUACAAUAAUGGGUCCAUCCGAUAGUCCUUACUCUGGCGGAGUCUUUCUCGUAACCAUUCACUUCCCUCCCGAUUAUCCUUUCAAACCACCAAAGGUUGCAUUUAGGACAAAGGUGUUUCACCCUAAUGUCAACAGCAAUGGAAGCAUUUGCCUCGACAUUUUGAAAGAACAAUGGAGUCCUGCACUCACCAUAUCCAAGGUUUUGCUUUCGAUAUGUUCAUUGUUAACGGAUCCAAACCCAGAUGAUCCUUUGGUUCCAGAGAUUGCUCACAUGUAUAAAACGGACAGAGCCAAGUAUGAGUCUACUGCUAGGAGCUGGACUCAGAAAUAUGCUAUGGGGUAAAGUUUCUGCUUUUGAUCCAUCAAGAAUCGGUUUUUAAGGGAGGGAGAGAGAGAGAGAGGACUUUACAAAGGAUCUUCCAUAAAAUUAAGUUAGAUUCCUGUGUUAUUGUUUGAUCUCUUUGUUUCAAAACUCUUUGAUAUCACUUGUUAAACAAGAAAAAAAAACAUUUACUUCUCCUAUUUAUUUCCUGUUUCUUUUGUUUUUC